GAACAACAUCUCCUCUCAUCUCUCUCUGAAGAGCUGCUCUCCAUAGUGCAAAAUAGCUUAGCUCCAGUCCUCCUCCAGAGGCUUUAGGCUACCUAUUUUUGCUUGUGGUGCCGAGAACUGGGGACAAGUCUACGCUCUCCCUUAUCAGGCAGUAUGUUCGACAGCCAUAGUGGGUGAGGUCCAUCUGCAACCCCCCGGCAACGCUGGCAGCAGCGUCGCGGCACCAAGAUGGAGGCGGCCGUGGAGCUAGGGGCCUUGGGGCGCUGCUGGCUGUGGUUGCUGGUGGGGCUGCAGGCGAUAAGUGUAUAUGGAGCACAGUUGUCAUCAGAAGCGUGCAGAGAGCUGGGCUUCUCCAGUAACUUGUUAUGCAGUUCUUGCAAUCUUCUUGGACAGUUCAGUCUGAAUCAGUUGGAUCCAUUCUGCAGGCAGUGCUGCCAAGAAGAAGCUCAAUUGGAAACCAGAAAGCUUUAUGCAGGAGCUGUCCUAGAGGUAUGUGGAUGAAAAUUGGGAAGGUUCCCUCAAGUCCAGGCUUUUGUCAGGAGUGAUAAGCCAAAGCUCUUCAGGGGACUGCAAAUCAAGUAUGUGCGUGGUUCUGACCCUGUACUAAAGCUGCUGGAUGACAGUGGGAACAUCGCAGAAGAAUUGAGCAUCCUCAAGUGGAAUACAGAUAGUGUGGAAGAAUUCCUAAGUGAAAAAUUAGAACGCCUAUAAAUCACUGCUUUCACUCCUCUUUCCUUUUCAUGUUUUGUCAUGGUAAUCUUCUUAGACUUGUGCUACAAUCAAAAAAAACCCAUUCCAGCUUCUGUAUUCAUUUUAAAAUAUCUGUUAUGCUGUAGUAAACAUCUUGUAAUUGGAAGGGAAAGCUUCAGGCAUAUAGGCCAAGUUAGCAAACAGCAUAGCUUGUCUUAACAUAUUCAGCUCUUAAAC